CAAUGAUCAGUGACUUUCCAAUGUCAUACUAACCCCUUUCUUUUAAUUGUCUUCUCCUCCUAAUGAAAGUUACCAGUCCAGGUUUUGCAAGAUUGGGUGCUCAUAAACCAGAAGGUCUUGUGAGAGCAGCUACAAUUGGAUGUCGCUGAAGGAAGAUGCAACGCCAAUUGUAAAUCUUGCAGAGUCCUUGUUGGCAUCCAUUUCAGAGAUUAUGACAGCAGUUGUAUGCAUAGAGAAAGAACAUGAAAACUUCAUUGAAUUUGGAUGCUACCUUUACAGGGCUUCUCUGGCCAUAAUGGAGUUGCUCAAAGCAGAGAAUUCACCAGAAAAUGCAAUAGAGAUUCUACAAACACUAUCCCUAAACGUUGACUUGGCCAAGGAUCUUGUGAAGAGAUGCCAAGAAAUCAUUAACGCAAUUUCAGAUAAUGAACAAGGAAGCAUUAUAGCACAGCUUGAGGGGGUGAUAAAUCACACAGGAGAAUCCCUGAGCUUGAUACCAUCUUCCACAUUUGGAGACCAAGAAUAUGUUAAAGUUGCUAUCUGGUCAUUAUCAAAUGAGAUGCAGAAUGCCCAAUUUGGAAUUGGCCAAACUCUUGCAGUUAAGACCAAGCAGCAUGAUACAAGGACAUUGUCUUUGGAGAAGCAACUGAAGGAGGAACCAGCACCACAAGAGACAGAUCUCUAUCCCAUUAAUGUUGAUGUUUCUAUAAACGAUCAUCAGUUCUUGAAUAUGCCUCAAAAAAUUGAGGCAUUAAGGAGCACAAGUUCUGACAUCACUAGAAAACCUGGAAACCUGAACAGAUCCUUAACCACAUUGCCACAGGCGACUCAGUAUAUGGAGCCUCUUUAUGAAACUUUCUUUUGCCCACUAGGAAAGAAGAUCAUGGACAAUCCAGUCACCAUAGAAACCGGAGUAACCUAUGAAAGGAAUGAAAUUACUAAAUGGUUUGAGAAGUUUGAAAAAUCAGACAUUUUCUGCCCAGUCACAGGGCAGAAGCUAGUGAGUAGGGCUUUCAACACAAACAAAGCUCUGAAGUCCACAAUAGAGGAAUGGCUGGAAAGGAAUGAAGCAUCCAGGAUCAAGGUUGCACGGACAGCUUUGUCUUUAGCCAGUUCAAAGGAUAUGGUACUGGAAGCAAUAAAAGAUUUGCAAACUAUCUGCCAGAGGAAAAGAUACAAUAAGGUACAGGUUCGCAGUGUUGGAUUAAUGCCAUCUCUCAUUAAGUUUCUGGAGUACAAAGACAGAGAUGUUAGAUGUGCAGCAAUAGAAGUAUUACACCUAUUGUCAGAGGAUGAUGAUGAAAAUAAGGAAAUGAUCGCUAAAACAAUGAAUAUUUCCACAAUAAUUGAUAUGCUGUCAAGUAGUCACCAACCAAUAAGGCAUGCAUCCCUGCAGUUCUUGCUUGAGCUUUCAAAAUCCCAAUCUUUGUGCAAGAAAAUUGGGUCAGUUCCUGGAGGAAUUCUAAUGCUGAUCAAUAUUAAAUACAAACAUUCAAUUGAUGCAUUUGCUUCAGGAAAAGCUGAAGGAACCUUAAGGAACCUAGAGAGGGUGCCAAAUAACAUUAAGCACAUGGCAGAAUGUGGACACUUGGAACCCCUUUUAGAUCAUCUUACUGAAGGUUGUGAAGAAAUGAAGAUGGAAAUGGCAAGUUACCUUGGGGAAAUUGUUCUUGGACAUGACAGCAAAACCUUUGUGGCUGUGAGGGCUUCCCCCCAUCUCGUAAAAAUGGUUCAGAGUGGAAACAGUCUGAGCAGAACGGCAGCAUUUAAAGCUCUGGCUCAGAUCUCAUCCUACCAGCCAAAUGCAAAAAUUCUUGUAGAAGCUGGAGUAGUAAAAAUAAUGGUUGAAGAGAUGUUCAGUAGGAGGAUCUAUGAUGAGCCUAUGAACUCAAAAAUAGAAGCAGCAGCAAUACUAGCAAAUAUAUUUGAGUCUGAGCUUGAGCUUGAGAAGUUCCAAGUGAAUAAUCAUGGCCACACUAUAACUUCUGAUUAUGUGGUCUACAGCAUCUUCGACAUGCUGAAGAACUCAACCCCUGAUAAACUCAACAUCAAUCUUAUCAGAAUUAUCUUAUGCUUGACAAAGACCCAAAAAUCAAUAGCCACCAUUGUCUCAGUGGUCAAAACGACUGAAGCAAGCCACACCCUGACUGAACUCAUCAAUAAUCCACAUGAUGAUCUUGCCAUAACAGCAAUUAAGCUGCUGUGUACACUUUCCCCCUACAUGGGCCACACACUAGCUGAAAGGCUCUGCAAAACCGGAGGCCAACCUGAGAGCCUAAUCCAGAGUCCUACUGAAAUAAACCAAAUCACAGAGAGACAUGCAGUUUCAGCAAAAUAUGUGGCAAAACUCCCCCACCAAAACCUAACGCUAAACCUAGCCAUUCUGAGCAAGAAUGCAGUCCCUACAAUCCUAAAAACAAUCAAUCAAAUCCAAAGAAGUGGAACAAGAUCAAGCAGGUAUGCAAGUGCUUAUUUAGAAGGCUUAGUGGGCACUCUAGUCAGAUUCACAACAACACUAUAUGAACCUCAGAUAUUGUUUCUAGCAAGAAACUACAAUUUCACAUCAGUGUUCACAGAGUUGCUCAUAAAAACAUCUAGUGAUGAAGUUCAGAGGUUAUCAGCAAUUGGGUUGGAAAAUCUCUCAUCACAGUCGAUAAAUCUGUCAAAAGCACCUCAAAUUAAGAGAACCAAGUUUUUGAAGUUGUUCUACUUACCCAAGUUCCUAUCUUUUGGUUCAUCGAAGAGGAGGAAACUACCGGGUUGCCCAGUUCACAGAGGGGCUUGUUCUUCAAAAAACACAUUCUGUUUAGUUGAUGCAAAGGCAGUUGAGAGGCUGUUGGCUUGUUUGGACCACGAGAAUGUUGAAGUAGUUGAAGCUGCAUUGUCAGCUAUAAUUACAUUGCUAGAUGAAAAAGUUGAUGUGGACAAUAGUGUGAGCAUGUUGAGUGAAGUAAAUGCUGUACAACGUGUUCUAAAUUUGGUGAAAGAGCACCAGCAAGAGGGUCUAUGGCAAAAGUCACUUUGGGUGAUUGACAAAUUCUUGAUGAAAGGUGGGGACAAGUCUGCUUUGGAUAUAUCACAGGAUAGGUUGUUGCCUGCAACAUUGGUGAAUGCUUUCCAUCAUGGGGAUGGCAAUACGAGGGAGAUGGCUGAGAAGAUUUUGAGGCAUUUGAAUAAGAUGCCAAAUUCCUCUACUUCCAACUAUACCAUGUAAAAUCGUCCCUCUCCCUUUCUCUUCUUUAUGGUCUUAUUGUAAUGCUGCUAUUGACAAAGUUGUUAAAGAUGGAAUAGUUUGUAUAUUGAUGUAUAUUAUGUGUUUA